UAUCUUCUCUGCUCUGGGGAGUGUGGAAGGAAGACACAGGACGGAACAGGGCGAGAGAGAGAGAGGGAGAAAGAGAGAGAGAGAGUGUGUGUGUGAGAGAGAGGCGGAGUAGGAAAGUUGCAAUUUAAACACAAUUGGAUUGACUGUUCUCAGACUUACUUGCAACCAUGGGGCUGGGGAGAGGGAAAGAAGAAUACAAAUUGGCGGCAACGUCAGAUGGCGGGGACAAGAAAGGAAAGAAAGGUAAAGGGGACAAGAAGGAUAUGGAUGAUCUUAAGAAAGAAGUCGAUCUGGAUGAUCACAAGUUAACCUUGGACGAACUGCACAGAAAAUAUGGAACCGAUCUAAGCAGGGGGUUGUCCUCCUCCAGGGCCAAAGAGAUUCUAGCCAGAGACGGCCCAAACGCCCUCACGCCUCCUCCCACCACCCCUGAGUGGGUCAAGUUCUGUAGACAGCUCUUUGGUGGGUUCUCUAUGCUACUGUGGAUCGGUGCUAUCCUCUGCUUCCUUGCUUACGGUAUCCAGGCUGCGUCUGAAGAUGAACCAGCCAACGAUAAUUUGUACCUGGGUGUUGUACUUUCCGCUGUCGUCAUCAUCACUGGUUGCUUUUCCUAUUAUCAAGAGGCAAAGAGCUCUAAGAUCAUGGAGUCUUUCAAGAACCUGGUGCCACAACAAGCCCUGGUUGUCCGUGACGGUGAGAAGAAGAAUAUCAACGCUGAGGAUGUGGUUGCUGGAGAUUUAGUGGAGGUGAAAGGAGGAGACAGAAUCCCUGCUGAUCUGAGAAUCAUCUCUGCCCACGGCUGCAAGGUGGACAACUCCUCUCUCACUGGUGAAUCUGAGCCUCAGACUCGUACUCCUGACUUCUCCAAUGACAACCCACUGGAGACCAGGAACAUUGCUUUUUUCUCCACCAACUGUGUUGAAGGUACUGCUAGAGGAAUUGUCAUCAACACUGGAGAUCGUACUGUCAUGGGUCGUAUCGCCACCCUGGCUUCCAGUCUGGAGGGCGGUAAAACUCCCAUUGCCAUUGAGAUUGAGCACUUCAUCCACAUCAUCACCGGUGUGGCCGUCUUCCUUGGUGUUUCCUUCUUCAUUCUGUCCCUCAUCCUUGGAUAUGGAUGGCUGGAGGCCGUCAUCUUCCUUAUUGGUAUCAUUGUCGCCAAUGUGCCAGAAGGACUCCUAGCUACUGUCACUGUAUGUCUGACUCUGACUGCUAAGCGUAUGGCCAAGAAGAACUGCCUGGUGAAGAACUUGGAAGCUGUAGAGACCCUUGGCUCCACCUCCACAAUCUGCUCAGACAAGACCGGCACCCUGACCCAGAACAGGAUGACUGUAGCCCACAUGUGGUUCGACAACCAGAUCCACGAGGCCGACACUACUGAGAACCAGAGCGGGACCUCCUUCGACAGGAGCUCCGCCACCUGGGCUUCCCUGGCAAGAAUUGCCGGCCUCUGUAAUCGUGCUGUCUUCCUGGCAGAGCAGAGCAACAUUCCCAUCCUGAAGAGAGAUGUAGCCGGUGAUGCCUCAGAAGCUGCCCUGCUGAAAUGUAUUGAGCUGUGCUGUGGCUCCGUUGCUGGAAUGAGAGAAAAAUACCCCAAAGUUGCCGAGAUCCCUUUCAACUCCACCAACAAAUACCAGCUCUCCAUCCAUAAGAACUCAACACCUGGAGAAACCAAACAUCUGCUGGUGAUGAAAGGUGCUCCAGAGAGAAUUCUGGACCGCUGCUCCACCAUCGUGAUCCAAGGCAAAGAGCAGCCUCUGGAUGAUGAGAUGAAAGACGCUUUCCAGAACGCCUAUGUUGAACUGGGAGGACUGGGAGAGAGAGUACUGGGUUUCUGUCAUUUCAACCUCCCUGACGACCAGUUCCCAGAUGGCUUUGCUUUUGAUACUGAUGAGGUUAACUUCCCCACUGAGAACCUGUGCUUCAUCGGCUUAAUGUCCAUGAUUGACCCUCCUCGUGCUGCUGUGCCUGAUGCUGUGGGCAAAUGUAGGAGCGCUGGAAUCAAGGUUAUCAUGGUAACAGGUGAUCAUCCUAUCACAGCUAAGGCUAUUGCUAAGGGUGUGGGUAUCAUCUCUGAGGGUAACGAGACCAUUGAAGACAUCGCUGCACGUCUGAAUGUUCCAGUUUCAGAGGUCAACCCCAGGGAUGCCAAAGCCUGCGUUGUUCAUGGUGGGGAGCUGAAAGACAUGACCUCAGAACUGCUUGACGAUGUGCUGAAACAUCACACUGAAAUCGUGUUUGCCAGAACUUCCCCUCAGCAGAAACUUAUCAUUGUGGAGGGUUGCCAGAGACAGGGAGCCAUUGUAGCUGUGACAGGUGACGGUGUGAACGACUCUCCAGCUCUGAAGAAGGCUGACAUCGGUGUUGCCAUGGGAAUCGCUGGGUCUGACGUCUCCAAACAGGCCGCAGACAUGAUCCUGCUGGACGAUAACUUUGCCUCAAUUGUGACCGGUGUGGAAGAAGGUCGUCUGAUCUUCGAUAACUUGAAGAAGUCCAUCGCCUACACUCUGACUAGUAACAUCCCUGAGAUCUCCCCUUUCCUCCUUUUCAUCAUCGCCAACAUCCCUCUUCCCCUCGGAACUGUCACCAUCCUCUGUAUUGAUCUGGGAACCGACAUGGUCCCCGCCAUCUCUCUGGCUUACGAAGCAGCUGAAAGUGACAUUAUGAAGAGGCAGCCCAGAAACCCCAAAACAGACAAACUGGUGAACGAAAGGCUUAUCAGUAUAGCCUAUGGACAGAUUGGUAUGAUGCAGGCCACAGCUGGGUUCUUCACAUACUUUGUGAUCCUGGCUGAAAACGGUUUCCUACCGAUGGACCUGCUGGGAAUUCGUGUUUUCUGGGACGACAAAUAUGUAAAUGACCUGGAAGACAGCUAUGGACAGCAGUGGACAUACGAGCGUAGAAAGAUUGUCGAGUUCACCUGCCACACAGCCUUCUUUACCAGUAUUGUGAUCGUGCAGUGGGCUGAUCUGAUCAUCUGUAAGACCAGGAGGAACUCCAUCCUGCAGCAAGGAAUGAAGAACCGCAUCCUGAUCUUUGGGCUGUUUGAGGAGACAGCUCUGGCUGCUUUCCUCUCAUACUGCCCUGGUAUGGAUGUCGCCCUCAGAAUGUACCCUCUCAAGCCAAGUUGGUGGUUCUGUGCUUUCCCCUACUCCCUCCUCAUCUUCCUCUAUGAUGAAGCCAGAAGAUAUAUCCUCAGACGCAACCCAGGCGGUUGGGUGGAGCAGGAGACAUACUACUGAGUCCACAAGACACAGUCACGGAGGGAGAAGUCAGUGUUUCAUCAUUAUUUACUGCCAUGUUACAUAUCUGUCUAUUAGUCAGACCAAAACACAAAGCAUGGAUAAAUUAAGAACUUGCUGUACAUGUCAUUCACAAU